AUGGAGAGGGAGACCGGAAGAGAAGUAGGAGAAGGAAGCUCAAUGUCGUCGAGGGAACAACGAAACCUCAGAGAGCAAGAGCGACGAAUGCGCAUGAAACAUCUCUACAAUAUACUCUCUUCUCUUGUUUCUCCCACUCAUAGGUUAUCGGUCCCUCAACUUAUAGAACAAGCGACAUCAUACAUGAUCCAAUUGAAAGAGAAGGUAAAUUAUUUGAGGGAGAAGAAAAUGACUUUGUUAGAAGAAAUGGGGAAACACUCUGAAGGGUCAUCGUCGUCUCUUCUGCCGAAACUCAGUAUUUAUUCGCGGGAUUCAACCAUACAAAUGAACCUGAUUAUGGAUCUCAACAUGAAAAGAGUGACGCUGCACCAGCUUAUACGUGUUUUUGAGGAAGAAGGAGCUCAAGUUAUGAAUGCUAAUAUUCAGAAAUUGAAUGAUAGGAUGGUCAUAUAUACAAUCAUUGCUCAGGCUAUCAUAGCUCGCAUCGGCAUUGAUCCAUCAAGUAUAGAAGAGAGAGUUAGGAAUAUCAUCUUCUGA